GCUGCUCAGUUCUCCAGGCUGCAGCUCCCAGCAAGGAUUGCAAGAGAGACUGGAUCCUCCGUUCCUUGGUGGAGAAAGGUUGCAGCAAGAAAAGGAGACUCAGCGAGAGAGAAAACUAUGCAUUCUGGUGAAGCGUGAUUGAGUUUAGAAGCCCAGGGACACGCAUCUUCAGGUUUGCUCAGGGUUCACACUUGGUGCUUAGACAUUCAAAAUGAGGAAACACCGGCAUGUGCCCCUAGUGGCCAUCUUUAGCCUUCUUCUCUCAGGCAUUGCCAUGACUCGUGCCCAACAGCAAGGAGAUGUCAAAAGCGGUGCGGCGGCUGACAUAGUGUUUCUAGUGGAUUCCUCUUGGAGUGCUGGGAAGGACCGUUUCCUGCUUGUUCAAGAGUUUCUGACUGAUGUUGUAGAGUCUUUAGCUGUGGGAGACAAUGAUUUUCAUUUUGCUCUGGUCCGGCUCAACGGAAACCCACAGACCGAGUUCCUGUUAAAUACGUACCACUCUAAACAAGAAGUCCUUUCUCAUAUUUUGAACAUGUCUUACAUUGGGGGAAGCAAUCAAACCGGAAAAGGAUUAGAAUACAUAAUUCACAGCCAUCUCACUGAGGCUUCUGGAAGCAGGGCCGCUGACGGAGUCCCUCAGGUUAUUGUAGUAUUAACUGAUGGACAAUCGGAGGAUGGCUUCGCUCUGCCCUCAGCGGAACUUAAGUCUGCGGACGUUAACGUGUUUGCAGUGGGAGUUGAGGAUGCAGAUGAAGGAGCCUUAAGGGAAAUAGCAAGCGAACCGCUCAGUAUGCAUGUUUUCAACCUAGAGAACGUUACCUCACUCCAUGACAUAGUAGGGAACUUAGUGUCCUGUAUACACUCCUCUAUGAAUGCAGAAAGGGCUGGGGACAAGGAAAGCCUUAAAGACAUCACAGCACAAGACUCAGCUGACAUUAUUUUCCUUAUUGAUGGAUCACAGAACACCGGAAAUGCCAAUUUCGAUGUCAUUCGAGACUUCCUUGUAAAUGUCCUUGAGAGACUCUCAGUUGGAAAUCAGCAGGUCCAAGUAGGGGUGGUACAGUAUAGUGAUGAGCCCAGAACCAUGUUCUCCCUGAACAGCUACCCCUCCAAGGCUGCUGUUCUAGAUGCUGUGAAAAGGCUCAGCUUCGAUGGGGGGGAGUCGGCCAAUAUAGGACAGGCCCUUGACUUUGUAGUGGAGAAUCACUUCACACGGACAGGUGGCAGCCGCGUGGAGGAAGGGGUCCCCCAGGUGCUGGUCCUCAUAAGUGCUGGACCUUCCAGUGAUGAGAUUCGAGAUGGGGUGGUAGCUCUGAAGCAGGCUAGUGUGUUCUCAUUUGGCCUCGGAGCCCAGGCCGCCUCCAGGGCAGAGCUUCAGCACAUAGCUACUGAUGACAGCUUGGUGUUUACUGUCCCGGAAUUCCGUAGCUUUGGGGACCUCCAGGAGCAAUUACUGCCGUACCUUGUUGGUGUGGCCCAAAGGCACAUUGUUUUGCAACCACCAGCUAUUGUCACACAAGUCAUGGAAGUCAACAAGAGGGACAUCGUCUUCCUGGUGGAUGGUUCCUCCAGCCUGGGGCAGUCCAACUUCAAUGCCAUCCGAGAGUUCAUUUCCAGAGUCAUCCAGAGGCUGGAAAUCGGACAGGACCUGGUUCAGGUAUCCGUGGCUCAGUAUGCAGACACCGUCAAGCCUGAGUUCUAUUUAAAUACCUACGCCACCAAAAAGGAUGCCGUAACUUCAGUGCGGAAGAUGAAGGCCCUGAAUGGCUCAGCCCUGUACACGGGGUCUGCUCUGGACUUUGUUCGAAACAACCUCUUCACUAGCUCAGCUGGCCAUAGGGCCUCUGAGGGAGUUCCUAAGCUCAUGGUGUUGAUCACAGGGGGUAAGUCCCUCGACGAAGUCAGCCAGCCUGCCCAGGAGCUGAAGAGAGGCAGCAUCAUGGCCCUGGUUGUUGGCAGCAGGGCCGCAGAUGAGGAUGAGCUGAAAGAGAUCGCUUUUGACUCCUCCUUGGUCUUCGUUCCUGCCGAGUUCCGCCCUGCUCCUUUACUAAACAUGCUGCCCAACCUGAUGGCACCCCUCAGGACCCUCACUGGAACCACAGAAGUUCACGUAAACAAGCGGGAUAUCAUCUUCCUCUUGGAUGGCUCCGACAACGUUGGGAAAAACAAUUUCCCUUAUGUGCGCGACUUUGUAACCAACCUAGUUAACAGCCUCGAUGUCGGAAGUGACAAUAUCCGUGUUGGCUUGGUGCAGUUUAGUGACACUCCGGUCACGGAGUUCUCUCUAGACACUUACCAGACCAAGUCAGAGCUGCUCGCUCACCUGAGGCGCUUGCAGCUCAAGGGGGGCUCCGGUCUGAACGCAGGCUCUGCCCUGAGCUAUAUCCAUGCCAAUCACUUCACGGAGGCGGGCGGCAGCAGGACCCGUGAACACGUGCCUCAGCUGCUGCUCCUGCUCAUGGCCGGGCCGUCUGAGGAUGCCUAUUUGCAAGCUGCCAAUGCUCUGGCGCGCUCAGGCGUGCUGACCUUCUGUGUGGGGACCAAUCGGGCGGAUAAGGCUGAGUUAGAGCAUAUUGCUUUUAAUCCCAGCCUGGUAUAUCUCAUGGACGAUUUCAGCUCCCUGCCAGCUUUGCCUCAACAGCUGAUUCAGCCCCUAACCACAUAUGUUAGUGGAGGUGUACAGGAAGUUCCACUAUCCCAGCCAGAGAGCAAGCGGGACAUUCUUUUCCUCUUUGAUGGCUCAAUCAAUGUCAUGGGCCAGUUCCCUGCUGUCAGAGACUUUCUCUACAGGAUCAUUGAGGAGCUCGACGUGAAGCCGGAUGGAACCCGGGUAGCAAUAGCUCAGUUCAGUGAUGAUGUCAGGCUGGAGUCCCGUUUCAGUGAGCACCAGACUAAGGCUGAAAUCCUUAAUCUCGUGAAGAAGAUGAAGAUAAAGACAGGCAAAUCCCUCAACCUGGGCUACGCCCUGGACUACGCACUUAGGAACAUCUUUGUGAGGUCAGCGGGCAGCCGCAUCGAGGAGAACGUGCAGCAGUUCCUGGUGCUGCUGGUUGCUGGAAGGUCUACAGAUGCUGUGGCCGGGCCUGCAAGCUCCCUGAAGCAAAGAGGAGUGAUACCUUUCAUCUUUCAAGCCAAGAACGCCAACCCCGAUGAACUGGAGCAGAUUGUUCCGUCCCCUGCAUUUAUCCUGACUGCAGAGUCACUCCCUAAGAUUGGGGACCUCCAGUCACAGAUUGUGAGCCUUCUGAAAGCAGAACAGGGUUCAGGCCCUGUAUCAGGUGAAAAGGAUGUGGUGUUUCUGAUCGAUGGCUCCGAGGGUGUCCGCAGUGGCUUCCCCCUGCUAAAGGAGUUUGUGCAGAGGGUGGUGGAGAGCCUGGAUGUGGGUCCCGACCGGGUGCGUGUGGCACUAGUGCAGUACAGUGACCGGACCAGGCCGGAGUUCUACCUGAAUUCCCACAUGGACCAGCAGGGUGUCAUCAGUGCCAUCCGCAGGCUGACACUGCUGGGUGGCCCGACCCCCAACACAGGGGCGGCACUGGACUUUGUGUUAAGGAAUAUCCUGACCAGUUCUACUGGGAGCAGGAUAGCAGAAGGUGUUCCUCAGCUCCUGAUUGUCCUCACAGCGGAGCGGUCGGGGGAUGACGUGAGAGGCCCCUCGGUGGUCCUGAAGCAGGGCGGGGCUGUGCCUAUCGGCAUUGGCAUUGGGAAUGCUGACAUCACCGAAAUGCAGACCAUCUCCUACAUCCCCGACUUUGCUGUGGCCAUCCCCACCUUCCGGGAGCUUGGGACCAUACAGCAGGUCAUCUCUGAGAGGGUGAUCCAGCUUAAUCGUGAGGAGCUGAGUGCGUUGAAACCCGUUUUGACGCCCUCACCAGGUGCAGGUGCUGGCAACAAGAAAGAUGUGGUCUUUCUCAUCGAUGGAUCCCAGAAUGCCGGCCCCGAGUUCCAGCACAUCCGGACCCUGAUUGAGAGGCUGGUCGAGUAUCUGGACAUAGGCUUUGACACCACCCGGGUAGCCGUCAUCCAGUUCAGUGAGGACUCCAAGAUGGAGUUUCCUCUGAACGCCCACUUCAGCAAGGACGAAGUCCAGAAUGCCGUGCGCAGGCUGCGGCCCAAGGGUGGGAGGCAGGUCUACAUCGGAAAUGCCCUGGAGUAUGUGCUGAAGAACAUCUUCCAGAGGCCGCUGGGGAGCCGGAUAGAAGAGGGCGUUCCGCAGUUCCUAGUCCUCAUUUCGUCUGGGAAGUCUGACGAUGAGGUGGACGACUCAGCCGUGGAACUCAAGCAGUUCGGCGUGGCCCCUCUCACCAUUGCCAGGCACACAGACCAAGAGGAGCUGGUAAAGAUCUCCCUGAGUCCUGAGUACGUGUACUCCGUGAGCACCUUCAGGGAGCUGCCCAGACUGGAGCAGAAGCUGCUGACGCCCAUCACCACUCUAACCUCACAGCAGAUACAGCAUAUCCUGGCCAGUACUCGAUAUCCCCCUUCAGUGGUUGAAAGUGAUGCAGCUGAUAUCGUCUUUUUGAUUGACAGCUCCGAUGCUGUCAAGCCCGAUGGCAUUGCUCACAUCCGAGACUUUAUCAGCAGGAUUGUUCGCAGACUCAACAUUGGCCCCAGUAAAGUGAGGAUUGGGGUCGUGCAGUUCAGCAGUGAUGUCUUCCCUGAGUUCUACCUGAAGACCCACAAGUCACAGAACAACGUGCUUGAAGCCAUACGGCGUCUGAGGUUCAAAGGAGGGUCUCCCCUAAACACUGGCAGAGCCCUGGAGUUUGUGGCAAGAAACCUCUUUGUGAAGUCUGCUGGGAGCCGAAUAGAAGAUGGGGUCCCUCAACACCUGGUCUUAUUCCUGGGUGGGAAGUCUCAGGACGAUGUGUCUAGGCAUGCCCAGGUCAUAAGCUCAUCGGGGAUCAUGAGUUUAGGAAUAGGAGAUCGGAACAUUGAUAGGACAGAUUUGCAAACCAUCACCAAUGACCCCAGGCUGGUCUUCACAGUUCGGGAAUUCAGAGAGCUGCCCAACAUAGAAGAGAGGGUCAUGCUUUCCUUUGGGCCCUCUGGAGCUACUCCUCAGCCUCCCGGGGUGGAUUUACCUUCUCCUUCCCGGCCAGAGAAGAAGAAAGCGGACAUUGUAUUCCUGUUGGAUGGUUCCAUCAAUUUUAGAAGGGACAGUUUCCAGGAAGUGCUCCGUUUUGCAUCUGAAAUUGUGGACACAGUCUAUGAAGAUGGUGAUUCCAUCAGAGUGGGGCUGGUCCAGUACAACUCGGACCCCACAGAUGAAUUCUUCCUGAGGGAAUAUUCUACCAAAAGGCAGAUUAUUGAUGCCAUCAACAAAGUUGUCUACAAAGGAGGGAGGCACGCCAACACCAGGGUGGGCAUCGAGCAUCUGCUGCGGAAUCACUUCGUGCCUGACGCUGGUAGCCGCCUGGCUGAGCGGGUCCCUCAGAUCGCCUUUGUGAUCACGGGAGGCAAGUCUGUGGAGGAUGCUCAGGAUGUGAGUCUGGCUCUCACCCAGAAAGGUGUCAAGGUGUUUGCUGUUGGUGUGAGGAACAUCGACUCUGAGGAGGUGGGGAAGAUAGCCUCCAACAGUGCCACGGCCUUCCGGGUGGGCAGCGUACAGGAACUGUCCGAACUGAGUGAGACGGUGCUGGAGACUCUGCAUGACGCGAUGCAUGAGACCCUAUGUCCCGGUGUGACGGAUGUUUCCAAAGCCUGUAAUCUGGAGGUCAUUCUGGGGUUUGAUGGAUCCCGAGAUCAGAACGUGUUUGUGAGUCAAAAGGGCCUUGAGUCCAAGGUGGACAUCAUCUUGAACAGAAUCAGCCAGAUACAAAGGAUCAGCUGCAGCGGCAACCAGCUGCCCACUGUGCGGGUGUCUGUGGUGGCCAACACGCCCUCUGGGCCAGUGGAGGCCUUUGACUUUGCCGAGUAUCAGCCAGAGCUUUUCGAGAAGUUUCGCAACAUGCGCAGCCAGCACCCAUACAUCCUCACAGCGGACACACUGAAGUUGUACCAGAACAAAUUCAGGCAGUCGUCGCCUGACACUGUGAAGGUAGUCAUUCACUUCACGGAUGGAGCAGAUGGAGACCUGACCGACUUAAGCAAAGCAUCUGAGGAGCUCCGGCUAGCAGGUGCCCAAGCGCUGAUCCUGGUGGGUCUUGAACGUGUGGCUAACCUGGAGCAGCUGAUGCAGCUGGAGUUCGGGCGGGGCUUCAUGUAUGACAGGCCCCUGAGGCUCAACUUGCUUGACUUGGACUACGAACUGGCAGAGCAGCUUGACAAUAUUGCUGAGAAAGCUUGCUGUGGGGUUCCAUGUAAGUGCUCUGGAGAGAGGGGAGACAGAGGACCCAUUGGCAGCAUCGGGCCGAAGGGUAUCUCCGGGGAAGAUGGCUACCGAGGCUACCCGGGUGACGAAGGCGGACCCGGUGAGCGAGGUCCACCUGGUGUGAAUGGCACACAAGGUUUCCAGGGCUGCCCAGGCCAGAGGGGAGUGAAGGGUUCUCGAGGAUUCCCAGGCGAGAAGGGUGAACUGGGAGAAAUCGGCUUGGAUGGUCUGGAUGGUGAAGAGGGAGACAAGGGGCUGCCUGGUUCGUCUGGAGAAAAGGGGAGUCCUGGAAGAAGGGGUGACAAAGGACCCAAAGGAGACAAAGGAGAAAGAGGAGAUGUUGGAAUUCGAGGUGACCCGGGUGACUCAGGACGGGACAGUCAGCAGAGAGGACCCAAAGGAGAGACGGGCGACAUUGGCCCCAUGGGUCUCCCAGGCAGAGAUGGCAUCCCCGGCAGCCCAGGAGACGCUGGGAAGGAUGGUGGCUUUGGUCGAAGGGGGCCUGCAGGAGCUAAGGGCAACAGAGGUGGUCCUGGUCAGCCAGGCUUUGAAGGCGAGCAGGGGACCAGAGGUUCACAGGGCCCACCUGGUCCCAUUGGUCCCCCAGGCCUGAUUGGGGAACAAGGAAUUCCUGGACCUCGGGGAGGCGGAGGUACAGCUGGGGCUCCUGGAGACCGUGGCAGAACUGGUCCGCUGGGGAGGAAGGGCGAGCCGGGAGAGCCAGGGCCGAAAGGAAGCAUCGGGAACCGUGGACCCCGUGGGGAGACGGGAGAUGACGGGAGAGACGGGGUUGGCAGUGAGGGACGCAGAGGCAAAAAAGGAGAAAGAGGCUUCCCUGGGUAUCCAGGGCCAAAGGGAACUCCUGGUGAGCCAGGGGCAGAUGGACCACCAGGACCCAAAGGCAUCAGAGGUCGAAGGGGAAAUUCAGGACCUCCAGGGGUAGUUGGACAGAAGGGAGACCCUGGCUACCCAGGACCAUCUGGUCACAAGGGCAACCGAGGUGACUCCGUUGAUCAAUGUGCCCUCAUCCAAAGCAUCAGAGACAAAUGCCCUUGCUGCUAUGGGCCCCUGGAGUGCCCUGUAUUCCCGACAGAACUCGCCUUUGCCCUGGACACCUCUGAGGGUGUUACUCAGGACACCUUCAGCCGGAUGCGAGAAGUGCUUCUGAGCAUUGUGGGAGAUCUGACCAUCGCAGAGAGCAACUGCCCGAGGGGUGCCCGUGUGGCUGUGGUCACCUAUAACAACGAGGUGACCACAGAGAUCCGGUUUGCUGACUCCAAGAAGAAGUCUGCCCUCUUAGACAGUAUUCAGAAUCUCCAGGUGGCCUUGACAUCUAAGCAGCAGAGCCUGGAGACCGCAAUGUCAUUCGUGGCCAGGAAUACAUUCAAACGUGUGAGGAGUGGAUUCCUGAUGAGGAAAGUGGCCAUUUUCUUUAGCAAUAAGCCCACGAGAGCAUCCCCCCAGCUCCGAGAGGCUGUGCUCAAGCUUUCAGAUGCAGGGAUCACACCCUUGUUCCUUACAAGCCAGGAGGACCGACAGCUCAUCAAUGCCUUGCAGAUCAAUAACACAGCCGUGGGACAUGCCCUGGUUCUGCCUGCAAGGAGGGAUCUCACAGACUUCCUGAAGAAUGUCCUUACCUGCCACGUUUGCUUGGAUAUUUGCAACAUCGACCCAUCCUGUGGCUUUGGCAGCUGGAGGCCUUCCUUCAGGGACCGGAGGGCAGCAGGCAGCGAUGUGGACAUAGACCUGGCUUUCAUCUUGGACAGUUCAGAGGCUACCACUCUGUUCCAGUUCAACGAGAUGAAGAAGUACAUAGGCUACGUGAUCAGACAGCUGGACCUGAGCCCAGACCCCAAGGCUUCCCAGCACUUUGCCAGGGUGGCUGUUGUGCAGCAGGCACCCUUUGAGUCUGUGGACAAUGCCAGUGUGCCACCUGUGAAGGUGGAAUUCUCACUGACAGACUAUGGUGGCAAGGAAAAGCUGCUGGACUUCCUUAGCCGGAGGAUGACCCAACUUCAGGGAACCAUGGGCCUGGGCAAUGCCAUUGAAUACACUAUAGAGAACAUCUUUGAAAGUGCUCCAAACCCACGGGACCUCAAAAUUAUGGUGCUGAUGCUGACCGGUGACAUGCAGAGGCAGCAGCUGGAGGAAGCCCAGAGAGCCAUCCUACAGGCCAAGUGCAAGGGUUACUUUUUUGUGGUUCUGGGCAUUGGCAGGAAGGUAAAUGUCAAGGAGGUCUACAGCUUUGCCAGUGAGCCCAAUGACGUCUUCUUCAAAUUUGUGGACAAAUCAACUGAGCUCAACGAGGAGCCUCUGAUGCGCUUUGGGCGCCUGCUCCCAUCCUUUGUCAGCAGUGAAAAUGCAUUUUACCUGCCUCCAGAUCUCAGGAAACAGUGUGAUUGGUUCCAAGGGGACCAACCAGUAAAGAAUGGUGUGAAGUUUGGUCACAGGCAGAUAAACACCCCACAUACUGUUAAUUCAAGUCUUACAUCUAAAGUUGUGACCACAAUGAAGCCAGUGACAACAACCAAACCAACAGCAAUUGUAAAUCUACCACCUGCUAAGCCAGCCCCGGCUCAGCCAGUUCUCCAUAAGCCAGACCCUGCCAAACUAGCCCCUGCUAAACCAGCCCCUGCUAAACCAGCUUCUGCAAAGCCAGUGCCUCCACAGCCAGUCCAUCUUCAGCCAGCCCCUGCUCAGCCAGUCCAUGUCCAACCAGCCCCUGCUCAGCCAGCUUCUGCUAAACCAGCCCCUGCUAAACCAGCUCCUCCUCAGCCAGCUUCUGCUAAACCAGCCCCUGCUAAACCAGCUCCUCCUCAGACAGCUGCUGCUAAACCAGCAGUCCCCGCUCAGCCAGCUCCUGCUCAACCAAUGCAUGCACAGCCAGCCCCAGCUCAGCCAGUCCUUACUAAACCAGCCGCUGUGAAGCCAGCCUCUGCCAACAAGCCUGUGGCAGCCAAACCUGUGGCCACGAACACAGCCACAGUCAGACCGGCAGUAGCCGCGAAGCCAGCAGCAGCGAAACCCGCAGCAUCGAGACCCAUUGCCGCUGCUGUAAGGCCAGUUGCUACCAAGCCAGAGGCCCACAGGCCACAGGCCAAACCAGCAGCCACCAAGCCAGCCACUACUAAGCCCUUGGCGAGAGUGUCCCGAGAAGUCCAGGUCUCUGAAGUCACCGAGAACAGCGCCAGACUUCACUGGGAGCGGCCCGAGCCUUCCAGCUCCUAUUAUUAUGACCUCACUGUAACCUCGGCCCAUGACCAGUCCUUGAUUCUGAGACAAAAUCUUACUGUCACUGACCGUGUCAUCGGAGGCCUGCAGGCUGGACAGUUGUACCAUGUCCUAGUGGUCUCCUACCUGCAGUCUCAGGCCAGAGCCAUCUACCAAGGAAGUUUCAAUACGAAGAAAACUCAGCCUCCACUUCUUCAGGCAGCACACCGAGCAUCCAGUUCAACCAUCAACCUAAUGGUGAACACAGAACCAUUGUUUCUCACAAAAACAGAUAUAUGUAAGCUGUCCAAGGAUGCUGGGACUUGUGAGGACUUCAAAUUACUAUGGUACUAUGACUUAGACAGCAAAAGUUGCAAGAGAUUCUGGUACGGAGGCUGUGGGGGCAACGAGAACAGAUUCCACUCACAGGAAGAAUGUGAAAAGAUGUGCAGUCCUGAGUUAACAGUCUGACGAGAGAAACUAAGCAUGGCCUUCGGGCAACACGUACCUCUGGGAGGAGGAGGAGGAGGAGGCAGCCAUUUCUAACUCGUUUUUUAUAGAAGCUCUGGGUAGAUGCCCCAGCACGGUGCCUUUUCAUGCUUUGAUUGACACUCAACCUCGGGAAGAAACCCUCUGCACGUGACCUGUCGAUAUGGUGCUAAACGUGUCUGUGGACCCUGCUCUCUGUCUCCAGGCAGUUCUACCGUAUACUUGGACCAUUGUGUAAUAGCUAGCCACUGCUGGUGUUUAUGUGAACAUUCCUAUAAAUUCAGAUUCCCUCUGGAGUUCCGUGCUGUGCCUGUGCCAGGCAAACCCUGUGCCUAGAACAUAGCUUCGACAUCACAGCUACUCUGUACAUUUCUGCUUGGUUCAUUCCUCUGUAGUUGCAUGGCUUAGAUGGAGAAACAAGAGUCUAACCUUCUCAUGGCCCCGGUUUCCUGGAUUAGACUUUGAGCAAUAUUCUUUGAAAUCCUCUGACAAAUGAUCUAAUUAGAAGAAAUCGGACCCCUUUCCUGUAGCAUUGCUGGGACAAAUGCCUCCAUUAAAGAAUUCAAAGCAAGUCGUAACUGAGAAUCUCUGUGGUCGUCCUCUAAAGUGGGCUGUUUUUCAAUGUUGUUGUCUUGGAGCUUGGAGGUGGGAUUCAAUGUUUAAAAAUUUUUAGGAAAUUUAUACAAAGAAACUUUUAAAUAAAAUAUAUUGAAUGUGU